AAUCCGCUUUAGUUAACAUAACCGGUGCAAUACUCUGCAUAUCGCGACUUUGCUAUUACGACGGCCUCAAAUGCUAUUACGACGGCCUACAACUGCAUGUAUCUCCGCCGCCACACGUGCAAGCCACACCAAAAUUUUAAAGCCACCAACAUCGAAGUACCGGAACUUGAUCUGCACGCAAACCAUUGAAUUGGGUGAAACGCCCACGCCUGGUAAUUCUCCUGCGUGCGAGCCCUGGGCUGAAUCGCUUAGAAAUGCAAUCAAUUUGAAUCGCACGCAAAAAAUACUGACAGACUAGACAGACCGCCCUGGCCCCGCUGACUUGUCUGCGCGCAGGGCAGGUGUACUCUCCCGAGUCUGCGCGUCAACGUCCUGCACUUCGAUCUUGGCG